GCUUGGACCACUCUUUCCCAAUAACACACAUAGACUGAGGCGGAGGGUGGCCGGGUCUCUUCAUCAUGCCUCGCAAAGCAAUCGACUCUCGAAUCCCUGCCCUCAUUCGAAAUGGAAUCCAGGAAAAGAAGCGGACCUUCAUGGUGGUUGUUGGAGACCGCGCAAAAGAUGUCAUCGUCCACCUCCACUACAUUAUGUCCAGUGUCGACAUCAAACAGAAUAAAUCGGUGCUGUGGGCCUACAAGAAAGAUCUCUUAGGUUUCACCAGUCAUCGCAAAAAGCGAGAGACCAAAAUUAAAAAGGAAAUUAAAAGAGGUAUUCGAGAUGCCAAUACCGAAGAUCCUUUCGAACUCUUCGUCACCCUCCACAACAUCCGUUACGUCUACUACAAGGAGACGGAAAAGAUUCUGGGAAAUACUUACGGCAUGUGUAUACUGCAAGACUUUGAAGCCCUCACCCCCAACCUUCUCGCGAGGACCAUUGAAACCGUCGAGGGUGGUGGUCUGGUUCUUCUGCUCUUGAAAGGCAUGAACAGUCUGAAACAACUAUACACCAUGUCCAUGGACGUCCACUCCAGAUAUCGUACUGAGGCCCACGACGAUGUUGUUGCUCGAUUCAAUGAACGCUUUAUCCUCUCUCUGGGCUCCUGCGAAUCCUGUCUUGUCGUCGACGACGAAUUAAACGUCCUUCCAAUCUCGGGUGGAAAAAACGUCCAGGCCCUUCCACCACCAACCACAGAUAGUGAAUCUCUUCCUCCAAACAAGAAAGAGCUCAAGGAAAUUAAAGACAGCCUCAUGGACAGCAAACCGGUUGGCCCCUUGUUGAACCUGGCCAAGACAGUCGACCAGGCCAAAGCUCUCCUUACUUUUGUCGACGCAAUAUCUGAGAAAACUCUGCGUAGCACUGUCACUUUGACCGCUGCCCGUGGUCGAGGCAAGUCUGCCGCACUCGGUGUUGCUGUAGCUGCUGCUGUCGCGCACGGUUACAGCAACAUCUUCAUCACUUCCCCAAGUCCAGAAAAUCUCAAAACGCUCUUUGAGUUUGUUAUCAAAGGAUUUGACGCUCUAGAAUAUAUGGACCACACUGAUUAUACCAUCCUUCAAUCGACAAACCCCGACUACAACAAAGCUGUGGUCCGUAUCAACAUCCACAGGCAGCACAGACAGACCAUCCAGUACAUCCAACCCCAAGAUGCUCACGUCCUCGGACAGGCCGAAUUGGUAGUCAUCGAUGAAGCCGCUGCCAUUCCUUUGCCUCUGGUCCGGAAACUGAUGGGUCCUUAUCUUGUCUUCAUGGCUUCAACCAUCAACGGAUACGAAGGCACGGGACGAUCUUUGUCCCUUAAGCUCAUCCAUCAGCUCCGUGAACAAUCUAGAGCCGGUGCCAAGGCCGCUCUAGACAAUGUUGAGGUCGCCGAUAAAUCCACAGGCAAAGCUGCCAGAGACGGUCAAAACAUGUACACCGGUGGACGGUCACUGAGGGAGAUUACCCUAAGCGAACCCAUUCGUUAUGCUCCCGGUGACGGAGUGGAGAAAUGGUUGAAUAAACUUCUAUGCCUCGAUGCCACGCUGCCCAAAGCAAGGAUGAACACCCAGGGUACACCUCACCCCUCGACCUGCGAAUUGGUUCACGUCAAUCGCGACACUCUAUUCUCUUUCCACCCCGUCUCUGAAAAGUUCCUUCAACAGAUGAUGGCAUUGUACGUCGCAUCUCAUUACAAGAAUUCGCCAAAUGACUUGCAACUCAUGUCCGAUGCUCCAGCACAUCAACUCUUUGUGUUGAUUCCUCCCAUCCAAGAAGGUGCGACCAAACUUCCAGAACCAUUGUGUGUGUUACAGGUCACCCUCGAGGGUCGCAUCAGCAAGCAAUCUGUCAUGAACAGUCUUUCUCGAGGUCAACGGGCAGGCGGUGAUCUAAUUCCAUGGCUUGUUAGCCAACAGUUCCAAGAUUCCGAAUUUGCCGGUCUGUCAGGCAGCCGAGUAGUCCGAAUCGCCACGAACCCCGAGUAUCUCAAUAUGGGCUACGGUUCCCGUGCCCUCGAGCUCCUGACAGAUUUCUACGAGGGAAAAUUCGCCUCUUUGUCAGAAUCUGAGGAUGCAACAAUCCAAGAAAUGGAGCACAUGCCUCGUGUGACCGACGCUGAACUGGAAAAGUCCGAUCUUCUUGAUGACACCGUCCAUGUCCGCGAUAUCAACAAGAUGCCACCACUCUUCAGCAAACUUUCGGAGCGUAAACCUGAUCGACUUGAUUACAUCGGCGUAUCAUAUGGCCUCACCCAGCCACUGCAUAAAUUCUGGAAGAGGGCCUCCUUCACGCCAGUCUAUCUUCGGCAAACACCCAACGAAUUGACAGGUGAACAUUCAUGUGUCAUGCUUCGACCCUUGUCCAACAGUGGAAGCACAGAUUCAUCCUGGCUUAGCGCCUACGCACAGGACUUUCACAAACGCUUUCUUUCCCUUUUAUCCUACCAAUUUCGCACUUUCACCUCUAUCCAAUCUCUUUCUAUCUCGGAAUCAGCUUCACGCGGGAGCAAUAUCACUACUCCGGAUACUGUUGCAUCCCUUGCAAAGUCUGACAUUGACGCUCUCUUCUCGCCAUUCGACCUCGCACGUCUUGACAGUUAUGCAAACAACAUGCUUGAUUAUCAUGUAAUACUUGAUCUCCUUCCCUCAAUCGCCAUGCUCUACUUCACUGGUCGACUGAAGCAGCCGCCCUGCAGUGUUGCACUGUCCGGUGUACAACAAAGCAUUCUUCUUGCUGUGGGACUGCAGAGAAAAGACAUGAGCGACUUAGAGAAGGAACUCAAUCUACCCAACAACCAACUACUGGCAAUGUUUGUUAAGGUGAUGAGGAAAGUCAGUACAGCUUUGAGAGCGGUUGUAAGUCAGGCAAUCGAAGGGGAGAUUCCCGAAAAGAACAACGAGGAAUUCGUCAAUGGAAAAGUUGACCAAGUUGUUGAGCCUCGCAUUCAAGGCAGAGUCGCUGUCCCAGCCGCUCAAGUAGCUGGGUUAGAAGAAGACGAGAUGGACAUUGACCCAGCAAUCCGAGAGAAACAGAAGGCACUCAUUGAUGCCCUCCCUCUCGACAAAUAUGCCAUCUUACCCUCGACCAAUGCGAAUGACGAUGACGAGGCUUGGGCGGAAGCCGAACGGCAGGUCCGUGAUGCUGCCUUAGGAGGCAGCGCAAUCGUCAGCGUUCCCUCGGCUCAUAAAAAGGAAAAGAAGCGAAAGGCCGCAGAAGAGGCAGCGGCCGCCAAUGGUGAUGAUUCGGCAGAAGGUGACAAUGUCGGCGGAAAGAGAAAAGAGAAAAAGUCCAAGAAAGACAGACACAGCAGCAGCGUGGGCACAGGGAAAAAGGAGAAAAGGAAGUAGGAAAGUCAUGGACUACGUACUCUGUAAUUGAAAUGAAGUGUAACGCGACACACGAACAUUGAACAUCCUUUUCGCACAAAGCCUACGAGCUUGACGGAUCAGUCACGUGUGAUAUAUAGAUCUUUCAGAAAAGGAAGAAAGGUAGAA